GCACUGGUUCAUAGCAACGUCAUUUCAUUUACAACAGCACACGUCAACGUCAUCUUGCUUACAUGUAUUAAGUAGGGUGUAAUGUUGAAAAUAUUAAUAUUCUCCGAAUAUUGUUAAUUUUUAGGAAGACAUACACUUGAAAACUAUUCAUCAUGGUGCUAAUAGCAGCAGCGGUAUGCACGAAAUCCGGCAAAACACUUGUCUCAAGGCAGUUUGUGGAGAUGACAAAGGCAAGAAUUGAAGGACUUCUUGGUGCAUUUCCCAAGCUGAUCCCAGCUGGUACUCAACACACAUUUGUUGAGACUGAUUCUGUAAGAUAUGUGUAUCAACCAUUGGAGAAACUGUAUAUGCUUCUCAUCACAACUAAAGCUAGUAAUAUUUUGGAGGAUUUAGAAACAUUAAGAUUAUUUGCCAGAGUUAUACCAGAUUACUGCCGGUCUUUAGAUGAAAAUGAAAUAGCAGAAAAUGCUUUCAACUUAAUAUUUGCCUUUGAUGAGAUUGUUGCUCUUGGAUACAGAGAAAGUGUUAAUCUAUCACAGAUUAGAACGUUCGUUGAAAUGGAUUCCCAUGAAGAAAAAGUUUAUCAAGCUGUGCGCCAGACACAAGAACGUGAAGCGAAGAACAAGAUGCGUGAGAAAGCCAAGGAACUGCAACGGCAAAGAAUGGAAGCUGCAAAGAAGGGUGGAAAGCCAUCGUUUGGUGGCAGCGGUGGUUUCGGCAAUUCCACAGGAUACACCCCGUACCAGGUUGGUGAUGUGGCAAAUACCAAUAACGACAUUAAGCCGCCAUCAUCGUACAGCAGCUCGAUUCCUCAGAAACCAGUAUCUGCACGCGGUAUGAAACUCGGCGGAAAAUCGAAAGACGUCGAGUCUUUCGUUGACCAACUAAAGUCCGAAGGCGAAAAUGUUAUCUCGCCCAACAACAAAAUGUCGCAAGGCCUCAAAGCGCCCGCAAUUAAGACCAACGUGGACGAAGUAAUGCUACGACAGGAAGAGAAAUUAAUAGUGAAAAUGUAUCGUGAUGGCGGCGUGCAGCACUUUGAGUUGCUCGGUUUGAUUACGUUGCACAUUGGCAAUGAAAAAUGGGGACGUAUUCGUGUGCAAUUGGAGAACAAUGACAGCAGAGGUAUUCAAUUGCAGACGCAUCCAAAUGUCGACAAAGAGCUGUUCAAAUUGCGGUCGCAGAUCGGACUUAAACAGCCGCAGAAACCGUUCCCACUGAAUACAGAUGUGGGCGUCCUGAAGUGGCGCUUGCAGAGUACUGACGAAGCGCACAUCCCACUGUUAAUCAACUGCUGGCCCUCCGAGGCAGGCGACGGAAGUUGUGACGUCAAUAUCGAAUACGAGCUGGCUCAUACAAACUUAGAAUUAUCUGAUGUCACGAUUUCCAUUCCAUUGCCAAUUGGUUGCAAUCCAGUAGUUGCGGAGUGUGAAGGCAAUUAUAAUCAUAUAGCUAGACAGAAUCAACUAGUGUGGUCCUUGCCGAUUGUGGAUGCAAGUAACAAGACUGGUGCGAUUGAAUUUUCAGCGGCCAAGGCAAUUCCGAACGACUUUUUCCCCAUUACAGUUUCGUUUACAUCCAAAAAUUCAUACACUGACAUUAAGAUCACUGAAGUGUCAUUGGUUGAUGACGACUCGCCCGUAAAAUAUUCUGUUGAAAUGGUUCAAUUCCCUGAUAAAUAUGAGAUAGUUUAACGAUAAUAUCAAUCACCCAAUAUAAUUAACAAACUACUACUUAUUCUAUUUUAUUUUACUGUCGAUGAAGAUGACUCGAGGAGAUACUGCGCGUUGUUUUACUACACUUCACAGCAACGAAAACAGUUGUUGCCUUCUACUUGCGUUAUGAUGAGUUCCGUACAUAUUUAUUUUACUACUCAGAUGAUCGAAAGGGCAAUGCAUAGAGUAAACUGUUUCGAUUUGAAUAACUGACAGUGUAAAUAGCAGUAUUACCACCUAACAACUUUGAUUUGCUUUACUAAUAAAGUAGAUACAGUGGAUUACAACUACGAGGAUGCAAUGUGAUGAAGUGGAUUUACUAUGCCCAAUCAAGAAUCAACAAAUGUUUACAGUCGCAUUGAAUUUUAGAGAAGUGUAUGAUAGAUUAUGUUCUUUUUUGGGAAAACUGUGUAUUCAUAAAUUUUAAAUAAAUUUAAGUAUAAAAAGCCA